AUGGGUGGCUUCGCUACAACCUUGCUGUCCGUAUCAUUGGCAAUGAUGAAUUUCCGCGGCGUGUUCUCCCAAACGAUCUUCAUGGGUGAUCUUUGCUUUGUGGCAGGAAUUGGUCUACUGAUCUCAGCACAAUGGGAAAUGGUCCGCGGCAACACAUUCUCUUAUACAGUACUCUCUGCUUAUGCCUUGUUUUACGGUGGCUACGGAGUGAUUCUGAUCCCUGCAUUGGGUAUUGCUGAUGCUUAUGGCGGGUAUACCCCCGAGUACCACAACGCUCUCGGCUUCUUCGUGCUCCUCUGGGCGGUCUUCAAUCUUUUCUUCUUGUUGGCCAGCUGCACCCUCAACAUUGUUUACAUCCUCCUGUUCCUCACACUCGAGCUGUGUCUUGUCUUUGAUGCUGCUUCUAGCUUUGUCCUGGCAGAUGGGCUGGUUGAGAAAAGCGCAAAUCUCAUGACUGCUGCUGGCGCUUUCGCCUUCGUCUCCAGCUUGCUUGGAUACUACUCGGUCUUGCACUAUCUGUGUCAAGAUGCCCUUCCAUUCAACGUUCCAAUGGGCGAUACAUCUCGGGCUUGGAAACGCUGGUGCAAGAAGACAUCAUCGCCGAGCCUGAAAACCGACGAGGAAAUGGCGUGA